AGUGCUCGCGAAGUUCGGAGGUGCAAGGUUAUCGCGCGCUCGUCGUCGUCGCCGCCGUCGUCGCCGCCGUUGUCGCCGUGCCCGUUGCCGAGUGCUCGGCUCGUCGACUCGUCGAAUCUUCUCGACGUCGGCGACUCACCCAUCCAGGGAGGCGUCUCCGGAGGCGUCUUCGGAGCGACGGAGGGAGAGGGCGAGCGGCAUCGAUCGGAGACGACGGCACGCGGGACCGCGCGGCCCCCGCGGACCGCCGGCCGCCUCCGGGGCCCGCCGGGGGCCCCCGACUCGCCUCUUGCGCUCCGGCCCGCCAACCGACCUCCCCUGGAAAUAUGAGCAUUGCUGCCCUGCUGCAGGCCGCCGAGUACAUCGAACGAAGGGAACGAGAAGCUGAACAUGGCUACGCUUCGACGAUGCCGAUACCCGACGAUCCGAGGACUUCCGUCAAGAGGUCAAAGACGAAGAAGUCCCAGGGCAGCAGGACGACGCAUAACGAGCUGGAGAAAAAUCGGCGAGCGCACCUCAGAAACUGCUUGGAAAAGCUAAAGGUGUUGGUACCCCUGGGCCCGGAGACCUCGAAGCACACCACGCUCGGACUUCUCACCAAGGCCAAGCGGUUCAUCAAGAGCCUGGAGGAACGCGAGCGGAAGCACGCGGUCCACAAGGAGCAGCUUUCGCGCGAGCACCGAUUCCUGCGCAGGCGCCUGGAGCAGCUGACCGGGCUGCAGGUGCCCGUCGCCGCCACCACCGCCCUCCUCUCCAAGAGGCGCAGCGUCUCCGAGUGCUCCGUCGGCACAGCCUCUUCCACCGCCUCCACGCUCAGCUCCAGGAACUCGGACAGGUCUGCCGGCAGCCCCUCCGUCUCGGAGUCCGACGAGGUGGACGUGAUCGGCUACACGAGCAACCAGUCCGACACCGAUGACCAUAGCAGCGUACAAAGCAGCAGCGAUAGCGGCGUUGCGAUGUCCACUUCCAGGCUGACCCUUUCCGAAAUGAUGGACAAUCUCUAGAGAAGCAACCCGGAGAUGGAAGGACCGGGAAACGAGGCGAACGAGUAACAUCGCGGACGGAAAAGGCAACGUGCGACGAGAAGGCGAUAUUAGACCACGAGACAUCUCCGACGCCUCUAUAUUUCUAUAUAUUAUAUACAUAAAUGAGCACUCCAUAUAUAUAUAUAUAUAGAUAUAUAUAUACACAUACGUGUACACGUGUGUUUACAUACAACUUUUCGAUACGUUACGUAGCGUCUUCCCGCUUGCGUAAGUAUAUACGUGUACAUAUAUACAUAUAUAUAUAUAUACAUAUGUACAAGUGUGUGUAUAUAUGAGAAGGGAAAAAAGUAUCGCUCAAGUGAGACGGGUAAGAAGGAAAGCGAGGGGGCAAGGGUUGAAGAUUUAAUGGAAAUAGCAUUUUAAAUUAGUGAGAGAGUGAGAGAGCGGGUGACGCGGGUUUUAAUGUAUAUCGUUCGGAAGAUAGACAAAGGGGGAAGAAAUAAAAUUCGAGAAUGAAAUCUUGAGAGGUCCACGUAAGGUGAAAAAAAAAAAUUGAACAGAGCCUCCGCGACAAGGUGUAUAACAUGUGCGCAAAACGAAAACUAAAAGAUAAAUGGGGAACCUGUACGAGAGGUAGUAGACGCGUAAAUUGGAUUCCGCGGAAUAAAAUUGGUCAAAAAGGGUUUUCACUUAUGGAAGGGAAAAGGGAACGCGCGAGAUUUGGACCUCAAAGCGUUGCACUCGUGGUUCCUAUCCGCGCAGUCCGUGAACGGGUGUUCCAUUGACGAGAGAUCAUUGCGCAUCGUCGUGGACUCGAUGUUGAUUUUGAGUUAUAUUCGACGUCGAGAUAAAAGUACAAACGGCCAAGCGCUGCUUUAGGAGACAGUGGGUGGUAUUCAAUUCAAAUGUGACCUCUUUGUGGUCAAUCCAGGGCCCUAAUCGCACGGGAAUGGUCAGAGUUUUUACGCUUUUCUUUUUUUGUUUCUGAUUCUCUCACUCUCACUCACUCUGUCUCUUCCCCCCCCCCCUCACUCUAUGGGAUUUCGGACCCCGUUGGGCGGUCUCGAAGAGAGGGAAGAAAGGGGCACGUUCCCCCUCUUUUUCUGAUCUCUGGGACGCACCCGCCAGUACGAAGCCUCGAAAGCGACGAUUCAGUAUGCUUUUCGAGGGCCGCCCGUUACGAGGUCCCGGAUAUAUCGUCGCGAGAAAUCCCUUUCUUCACUGACUCGAUCCGUUAGAAUGUCAAAGCGCGUUAAUCAGAGGAAAAGGAUGAAAAAUACGGAAACAUUUUGAUUUGGGCCCUGGAACUGGACCGAUCCUGAGAAGUUGCAGGUGAAUAUUGCACCAUGCGAAAUUCUUUUAAAUUUUAUGAAAUGCCAAAAUAUAUAGUUGGCAAAGUGCACUUUCGACGAACAACAGCCUCGCGAUCUAUCAGAAAUAAAUUCUCGUUUAGGAAUUGCGCGAUCAUUAAGCCUUGGAAAAUGUGGCUUGUGUUGUUGCGUUAAUAUCCUUGCACGGAUUUUUUUUCUGAAUUCGGGUUCGUAGCUAGUGAACGGGAUAGAGAGACUCAGGGACACGAAAAGCGUAAACUUUGACUUUUUUGCGAUCGUCUCGCGUUCGUUUAUCCACGCGGAAUUGAUGUUACGUGUAAACGCACGGGCGUGAUAGCGACGAAUUGCAUGGUCAGGCCUUACGAGUCGAAACAAGAGUGGGGAGACGUGGGAGGAAAAGGUUACGAACGGGUCAAUUAUCGGCGCUGACGGGGUAAAAUUGUAUAUACUUGUGGACGGCGAACAUAGUGCGGGACUCGCGGCGAGAGGGGUGUCGCUGUUGGAAAACAACGCGAGCUACGGCGAGGCGUAGACAAAAAAAAAGGGAAAACAAAGGCGCGAAUGCCGCGUACCCCGGAGAGAAAGAUAGUUAUCGUCUCGCCGGGAGGGCGAGACGAUAACGAUAACGCGCACGUCGAAGGGAAGGUGGCAGAAGGAUGUCCCCGAUACGCGUUAAAUUUCCCGGUUCUGAUAUCUGCUACGUGUACACAUUUUUCUAUUUGUUCGAAUCCUUGCUCGUGCGGUCAUGCGAGGUGAACAGACCCACACCCCCAGCCCUUGAGGUUCUUCGGGAUUAACGCGAUUUUCUUGAUUGCUCGUGUGUAGGUGUCCGGACCUUUCUUUAAUCGUCGUGUACCGUUAGGGUUUUAAAGCGACAAUAUUUCCACCGUUACAAAAAGAAGCGAACGAAGAGGAUUAUAGAGGGCCAACGUGGCACGUUAUGCGUCUCGAAGGGAUAAAAAGUAAAUGGUUGAAGCGACGAUUCCGCGUAAUUCGCGAAUCGACAGGGUGGCAAGGGAAAGGGAAACGAUCCGCGCGCACGCAUGCACGUACAUUUGGUACACGGUACGCAUAUGGAGGGGCAGACAAAAGAACCGAUGGUGUUACGUCGGGGCGAGGUGAUCCUCUUUCGAAAUGUCUCGUUCGACUUUCUUUUAAUUAUCGUGCCGACAGCGUUAAUCCGUUAUUAAUCGGAUACGUUGGGUCAGUUGCCAGUUUCUGCUCUUUCUCUCUCUCUCUCGCUCUCCCCCCUCCCCCUUUCGAAAAUGUGAUAUUAAAAUUAGCGAAAGAAAGGGCAGGAAAAUGGCGGAUAGCUGCGUGACCAGAAAAACGCACGCAAGGAUAGCCGAAAGGAGUUUUAAGGAAAAAAGGACGCGUUCGGAAAUGAAUUUCAGGGGAUCGUUUAUCCCUUGCUUUAAAAGUCUAGGUUACGGAAUGAUUGUCUUCUCUUUUUCUUCUUAACGGGGUCGAUGGGAUUGAACCGAUGACUAGGAAAAGCAGUUCGCGGCCGCCCCCGAGGGUCGUCUCGUUCUCCGGGGUGAGCGUCGUCGACCGGUUGGGCGCUGCUUACGGGCUCACCGGUCGGUUGAAACGAACGUCCUUUCUUUUCCUUGCCGUGUCUCGAGCCGUACCAAAGUGCCUGCGACCUUUGAGAAUUUUCUCCGGGAUUUGGAAAACCGUCGAAAAUGAAUGAAAGUGGUAUGCCCCGCGCGAAUUUUUCGAUUAAUUUAUCUAUCCUGACGUUUCCGGGCCUCGUGCGGGAAACGACUCGAUCGUCAGUUUUAAGUAGCCACAGACGUUGGAAACAAGCGAGACGUUCAGGAAAAUGGAGCCGAGAAUCGAGGUGGAGAAACGUGGGGAUACCUCUUCCGAGCAAAAGUGCGGUCCUUUUCUCGGUAGUCGUUGAUCCAUGCCGGCGCGGCGUCGCCGUCGCUGUUCUUUAUUAUUUUUUACGGGUCUGGAAGGAAACGCGGAGAAAAACGCGGCAAGGAAAAGAAAUAUUUCCUUCUCGAUUGCACCCGGCGAGUGCCGAAUGCGAUACAUGUUAAAUGCAUGUUAAAGUAAAUACAAGAUCAAAGACGAGUGUCGGUCCAACGUGAGGGGGGCGCGCCUCUUGACGAGUCGAUAGAAAACGAAACCGUAAAUAAUAACCGUAAUGUAAAAAUGGAACGAGCGAUUAAGAUUAUUAGUUUAUUAAGAAAGUGAUUAAGCGAUGAAACGAUGAAGAGAAAAAUAUUUAGAGGUAUGAAUGCAUCGGAAUGUCCGAGGAAUACGUGUGGCUCCGGCACUAAGAGCGUUUAAUCAAUGGUAGAGAGUGCCUAGUGGAUAAUACACGUACACAUACGAUGUACGCGCGUGCACCCGUGGAACACAGAGAAAGAGAGAGACUAACAUAAGAAACGACCGUGCAAAGGGAUCCAAAAGGACCAGAGCGAUUUCGUGUUUGUAACGAGAGAGACGCUGCAAUUAAGAUUAUAAGUAGAAGGGGGAGAAGAUGAUUAUGACGUUAUCGUGUAUUUUUAUUCUAUCAUUGUAUUAUUAUUACAAUUAAUAUUAUUUGGCAUGGCUGGGGAAAUACGUGUGGUUGUGGGAGCGAGCGCGUGUACGAGAAGAAGAGGAAGGGUGAGAAUGGGAAGGGAGGAGAGAAAAAACGUACGGUACUAUCGGAAAUAACUGUCAGUACUAACGGUGAGUGGAGAUGAACGAUUCAACGCCUGUCACCUGCACCAUGGAAGAUCGAGAUGAUUUCAUUGCGAUUAAUUGUGGUUAUUACUUAAUUAUAAAUGAUUCCGGUUGUCCAUGUAACGGUACGAACCCGAGAAUAGAUGCGAAAGGGAAGGGGUCGAGGCAAGAGGGACGUUACUUACUAAUUAAUGUACAUACAAUUGUGUAAUCGUUCGUGCCCGUUGCGUCGAAACGGCCAAGGGUUGACGAAGGCAGUGCACUUUGUUGGCGAAUUUCCUCGAUUUGUGCAAGAAAGGAAAAAAAAAGAAAAAUAAAAUUUGUGUAAUACCGAGUGA